AUGGCUCACGUUUUUGCAGAUGAAUAUCCGAUGAGUGUUGAAGAUCCAGAAAAGCAUUUCCUGGGCAAUCUGCUCGACGAUGUUGAGCCGUUGAGCAGCUCCAGUCUUAACAACAACAAUAAUAAUAAUAAUAACAGCUCAACAACAUCAAGAACAACGGCGAAUGAUGCUCCAACACCAUCAGCGUCAUCGAAUGUCGUCUCAUCGGCGUUUGGCUCGAUCGGAUCGCAGUUCUGGCCCGAACCGCCGCCGCCGUACUCGCCGCGAAUCGCCGCCGAUUCGUGGGGCAUUCCGCAGACGACGCCGUUGAGCCUACACGAUUGGCUCGCGACGCCAACCGAACGCAAAGAGCCGAGCGUCAACAACAAUCCGACGUCGCUUCUACCGCCGCCGGUGCCGCCGACGGAUUUGUUCUUCAACAUUCUGACGAGCUCGACGACGACAACCAGCGGGAAUAGUGCGCCGACACCGCCGGCGCCAUCGGCUGCCCAACAACAAAUACACCAUUUUCACCAUAACCUUCACCAUCACACGCAUACACACAAUGUGCAAGUCCAAAAUCACUUCUUCACAACACCGCCGCCUCCAUCCUCGGGCUCACAACGAUCGCCGCUGCCGAUUGGAAGCGAGCGCACGUCGAGCAAUUUGCUCUCCACCAAUGAGGCCACCAAACCGGCGAUCAAUCUAUUGGCGUCGGCAUGGGAGUAUCCAUUCACCGGCGUUCCUUCGAGUUUUGUUCAAACGCCAUUCACGAGCUGGAAGAGCAACGAGAAGCUGAAUGAGUCGCCGUCGGAUGAGAUUCUUGAUUCGUCGACGCCGGAUAACAGCGAGCCGGCGAAAACCUACGCGGAUGUGUCUCAUUCGUCUGCGAAUGUUGGAAAAGGAGGCGCGAUUGGAAGCGAGAAGAAGAAGAAGGUCGAAAUGGCGAAGAAGCUUCAGCAGCAACAACAGCAACAGACCGGACCGAAUCCGUCGCGGAUCGUUGUGAACGGCCAACCGCAUUCGGCGCCGGUGCUCACCAAGAUGCCGUUCAGCUAUCGCGACGUCGCCGCGAGAGUUGAGCCGGUUGUGAGCAGCAGCAGUCAGGCGAACUCGACCGCCGGCGAUGGAAGUCCGCCGCAGCAUGUGCAGAAAAACUCGAACCAUUCGGCACAUUUGCGCGAUGAGCACCAUAAAAUGAUUGGCGCCUAUCGGAUGAUGAACACGAAGAAGGAUCAUGAGAAUGAGCAGAAGAGGAAUGAGAAAAUUUCCGACAGCCGCAAAAGUCGAUCGGACAACGAGUUUCAGAAGAUCACGCGCAAGAGCAAUAAAAAGGAGAAAUCGCCGCCUGCGCCACCUGUCCUGGAGAACACGCCACCUGUUGAUGCGCCAUCGCGUUAUGACGUGCUCAAUAAUCUCGAUUCGCCGACGAAUCGCCAACGCAGCAGCGCGAAGAAAAGCGGCAACAAUCGUGCUCCAGUAAUUGAGCAAAUAUUCUCGAGAUCGAGCUCGCCGGCUGACGACACCGAAGGUGAAGAAGUGAGUCGUACUCGUUCGGCGUCGACACACACCAACACCAAUCAUAGCGGAAGCAAUAAUGGUGCGACGCAUGCGCGGAAUCAGAAGAAGCGUGUCGCCGUGCAAUCAUCGCAGAAGCGGCGACCGCGACGAAAAGCGGAGCCGCAUUGGACGGAUAACUUCGUUUGGAUUAUUGUCGAAUAUUUGAUUCUUGCUGGAACCUACGUCUCAUCGGUCGUCCAAUGGACGUUCCAAUUGGUGAUUGAUGUCUGUUUGAAGGUCUACGACGUCUUCUUGUUCUCGACUGAAGCUGUCUGUCAUGGUGUCAUCCAUUCGGUCAAAAAGUUUAUCAUCUGCUUCUUCAUGGUUAUCGUCUAUGUUAUAAUAUCUGCUUGGAUGUUCUUCCGUUCGCUGACCAUCACCAGAGUCAUUGAGCAAUUCCUAUUCGAGGAGCGUCCGCAGAUCACCGAAUGGGGUUGUCGACGCGAUUUGCCGAUUCCGGCCACCGCCAACGAUUACAUUGAGCGAUUGAUUCGCGAGAAUCAGCGUGACGCUUACACGGCGCUCGGACUUCGUGCCGAAUGCUCCGAUGAUGACAUCAAGCGCAAUUAUAAACGAUUGAGCGCGCUUGUCUCUCCAGAUAAGUGCCAAUUGGACGGUGCUGAAGAAGCGUAUGAUUUGGUGAAUCGCGCCUAUGAAGCGUUGAGCACACCGUUGACACGAGUCGGCUAUAUCAUGGAGCACGCUUAUGAGAGCGAGGAUCAUCGUCUGGUGGUGAACGCGUGGGACGAUUUGCGCGAGCGUAUCGAGGAUGCGCGAUGCACGAUUUAUUGCGAUUGCGGUAAUCGGCACAUUCGAAUUCCGACGAACAUUCGGCCGUCUGAAGCGCGCUAUUGCCGUCGCUGCGAUAUGACUCAUCCGGCGAAACAGAACGAUAUUUGGGUCGAGAAGCGUCUAUUCGGUUUGAAGUCGAUUUAUUUGACGUGCGCCGACAACGCCGUCUACGAUAUUUCCGAAUGGGCGACGUGUGAGCCACAGAAGCCGAUGCUUCGGAAUAUGCGAGCUCAUACUCAUCAUGUGCAGUAUCGAUUGGUCACACCGCCUGUGGAUAUCGAUCGUUCGAUUGAGGAAAAGUACCGUAUUUGGCGAUUCUUGAACGAGAAUAUGGACCAUUGCGAUUUGGUGCCGAGCAAUUAUUCGUCGACGACAGUUUCGAGUUCGGCGGGCGUUUGCCAACCGACGGCUGCUCACCAUGAUUCGCGGUUCUUCAACGAUUUUCAUGAAGAAUUAUUGCGACAACAGCGAACACUGGCGCAGAUCUCGUUCAAGAAUUGCGAGCCGCGCGAAGAGGAUCGAAGCCGACGCGCGGCGAAUCGUCGCCAGAAGCGUUGGCGAUGA